CGCUGACGCGCGGUUCACUUGUUUCGUGGCCUUCCGAAAUAUGUCAAUCCUAUCAAAUUUUUUGUGAAAAAUGUUGUAAUUUAUUUAUUUUACAAAAUUUUAGUUCAGUGUUCCAAUAGUUGUGGCUUUUAAUCACCAACAUGUCUAAAAAACCGUUAGGUCCGGGGCCCGGCGCCUACAUGCUGCCGACGACCGUCGGGUUCCCGAUGCACGACCCGUCGCGCGACCGCGCGCCCAUGUACUCGUUCGGGUCACGCCCGGACUUCCGCCUCAAGACCCUCGGGCCCGGCCCGAGCUACCGCAUCGACCGGGUGACGCGCGACGGCGUCGUCUCGUCGCCUAAUUGGAGCUUCGGGGCCAGGUUUCCAGUACGGUCGACGCUCCGCACGCCAGGGCCGGGCGCUCACGCGCCGGAGCGCUGCCCGCCACAGACAGCGCGAGCCCCGCAGUACUCGAUGGGCGCGCGGCUCGGCUACGCUCUGAAGCGCAUGGUGCCCGCGCCCAACGCCUACGCGCUGCGCCUGGGUCCGGGCACGCCCGCCUGGUCCAUGGCGCCGCGCUCCGGCUACAACCUCAAGUCCAAGUCGCCGGGGCCCGCCGUUUACUUCCAACAAGACACCGACAUUUACAAAACUAGGCAACCGAUUUACUCGCUGGGUGCGCGUUUGGGCUACCAGGGCCGCACCAAGACCCCCGGACCUGCGGCUUAUCCACCCAACCUCUACAACACUAAGAAGAAUCCGUACGCGUACUCGUUCGGCAUCCACCAUGGCCCAUAUGCGCCGCCAAUGAUCGUCAAAGAAGACACCAUGGACUGCCUGUGAAAAGUUAGUCGUCGUAGGGAGUCAACUGUAACGAAAAUAAAUAGUCGACGGGCUGAAUUUGCGCAUGGUCACGCUGGGACUUUUAUAUUCGGUACCACGACUUAGGUACUUGCCUGAAUGAGUACUUAGGCAACAAAGUGCAAAGAGGAAGACCAUAUCUAUCUCCGGAGAAGAGAAAAAUACCAAUUACAGUGGAAUUAAAAUCAAGUCGUUAUUAGGGAUUAAUGUCGUAUGAUUUUUAUUUUGUUUAAAAAUCGGAUGCAACAAAAUAAAUGCGACUAUUCAUGCUGACUGUAAUUCCAUUGUCGUCAUACAUGUUAUCUAACAUAAAAAUCGAAUAUACUUUGGAAUAAAAUGUAUAUUAAGUAGUAAAGGAUCUAGAAAAUUAGAUUAUGACCGUAAGUCGCCCAUGAAAAACAAAAUUUUAUCCGGAAUCUAGUAAAUCCGGAAACACCGGUAGGUAAAUGUACCUACCCCUAAUUACUUUCGGAUUCAGAAUUUUUGUGGUGUGGAAAGAUGAUCCCAGAUGUGGGAAAUCGAUUUGUUAGUGGAAUUGUAAAACUUCGGCUUGUACAGUGAAAGUGAAGUUGAUUUGCAAAAUUACCAUGUUGUUUGUGUUUUAUAAAAUGUUAUUGUGACGAAAAUGUACAAAAGUUUAAAUACAAUGUUUACGAUGUAA